AUGUCGACCUUUUCUAAAUCAGCAGCAAAGCUCCCAACAGCUAACCCUCAAAGAAAGAGCGAAUGGACGCGUACGCUGAACAGCUACUAUCAGCAAAACCUGAAGCCGACUCCCUCCCCUGGCAGCGUCCAAAUGGCCGAAAUCAUCGAGUGGCUAAGUCGAAGACUUCCAGACAACGCGAUCUUAACCAAUGGCGCUGGAAACUAUGCCGUCUGGCUUCAACGCUUCUAUCAGUUCCGCCAAUACCGUACCCAGCUAGGCCCUACAAACGGAUCAAUGGGCUAUGGCGUUCCUGCUGCGGUGGCGGCCAAACUGACGCUCCCGGAUAGAGUGGUUGUUUCUUUCUCAGGCGAUGGUUGCUUCUUGAUGAAUGGUCAAGAGAUCGCCACUGCAGCGCAGUAUGGUGCCAACGUGAUUUUCCUUGUUAUCAACAAUGGAAUGUACGGAACAAUCAGAAUGCACCAGGAACGAAAUUAUCCUGGACGCGUUUCUGGGACUGAGUUGCACAACCCAGAUUUUGCAGCCCUUGCUCGAGCUUACGGACUGCAUAGCGAGGUGGUAACAAACACAGUUGAGUUUGAACCUGCUUUUGAACGCUGCCUUGACAUGCCUCAGCCAUGCUUGAUUGAAAUCAGAGUCGAUCCAGAAGCUCUAACACCGCGAAUGAGCCUGACUCAAAUCAGAGAACAAUCAAGCAAAAAA